AGGUUAGGUUUGUGUUGUGAUAGUGAAAGUGUGAGCUUUGACUUCUGAAGUUGUUUCCUUGCAGCCGGUGUGAUUUUUUUAACUUGAAGUUUUUUGUUUAUUCCUUAGAGGGUAUUAAGUUUUGAAGAACUAAUCUUGUGUGAAUUUAAAACCAGAACAUAUAACUAUGGAAAGUUUCACCAAUCACUUUAGUCAUCAUCUGCGUCUAUAGAUAUCUCCAACUGUAAUAUUCUCUUCGUAUCGUUGUAUUGCACUUUACUUUAAUCAUGUUACCUCUGUCAUUAUUGAGGACUGCUCAAAAUCAUCCUAUGUUAGUUGAGUUGAAGAAUGGUGAAACAUACAACGGACAUCUUGUCAGUUGCGAUAAUUGGAUGAACAUAAAUCUCCGAGAGGUCAUUUGUACUUCAAGGGAUGGAGACAAAUUUUGGAGAAUGCCAGAAUGUUACAUUCGAGGCAGCACGAUUAAAUACUUGCGGAUCCCAGAUGAAAUCAUUGAUAUGGUGAAAGAGGAUCUAGUUGUCAAAGCCAAAGGCAGGCGAGAUGCCAAGACAGCUCGCGGUGGCCAACGAGGCAGGGGCGCACAACGAGGUUCCUUUGGAGGUCGUGGUGGCAAAGGUCCAGGUGGUCCGGGUGGUAGAGGAGGAGGAGGAGUCGGUAGACCUUUUAAUAAACCCCGGGGAAAGUAAGCGUCUUCCGAUGGAAAAUCUUUUCCCUCAGGUUUUGAUCAUUUCCUCGGCGGUUUCAAAUUUUUGAGGCCUUGUCAAAAUCCUUUUGGCAAUCCAGGAUGAAAGAAGUCAAGGCAUUUCUUGUUCCUCACUUUUUCCUUAAUUUUUUAAGGAGUUAUUACCUAAUAUUCGAGUUUUGGUUUUAUUUCAUCUUCUUUUUUUCCUGCAUCGGGGGAAUUGUUUUAUUUUUGAGUGGGUUUUCAAAAUUUAAAUCAACACUAGAUAGGUAAUUUUGAAAUUAUUUCUAAUUUGACAGUUAAUUCAGGGAUAUUUAGUGAUUAAUCAUUAAUUAUGUUCCACGGUUAAUUUCUUUUUAACAAAUCAUGAAAAAUUCCUCUUAAAAGACAUUGCGUCAUCACGAUUGCAGUUAAUAGGCUGUCAUUGCUGUUCAAAAAAAAUAGGAGGAAAAGCGAUGUCUGGAAAAAUUCUUAACCAAACAGUUUCCAUGGUUGCCAUUAUUUUUUUUUAAGGUGACCUGUGGAAGAACUUAUCUGUAAUCUUUUGAAAAGUUCCCUGUUAAGACUGUAUUCGAAACUUACAGGUAUCAAGACUUCUUUCUUUUUUUUCUGUAUCAUCUGAAAUUGUUUUAUUAAAUUUUCUGUAAUAAAACAAAAAUCACUUGUA